AUUAAUAGGAUCGUGUUUAUGUUCAAGGAAAUGAAAAACUCAACGUUUAUGAUUUAGGACUGGUACUAUACAAGGAUGAGGUGUUGCAUCAUCAUUCAAUUAGAGAACACAUGAAGAAUCUAUUAUUAGAACUAGUGGAUAAAGAGAGGAAAGGAGAGAUUGUUGAUAGAGGUGCCAUACAGAGUACUUGUAAGAUGUUAAUGUGCCUGAGUCUGAGCAGUUCUAAAAGAGACGUCUAUGAGGAAGACUUUGAGAGACCAUUUCUACAAAUGUCAAGAGAGUUUUAUAAAGCUGAGAGUCAGAAGCUCCUAGCAGAGAACAGUGCCCCAGUGUACCUAAGGAAGGUUGAGGCUCGACUAGUGGAGGAACUGGAGAGAACUCAUCAUUACCUUGACCCCAGCACUGAAUCAAGAAUAACUAAAGUAGUGGAGGAUGAGCUGAUUAAGGAACACAUGAGCACUAUAGUGGAUAUGGAGAACUCUGGAGUGAUACACAUGCUCAAGAAUAUUAGAGUGGAAGGUAAUACUAGUUGA